AUGUUGCAGAAUAUGGGAAUGGAAUCAAUGCCACUUAUAUUCUUGUUCACAGUUAUUUUGUUGCAUCUUCACUCACUGCAGAUGCAUAGUUUGCCAAUUGCACCAGCGCUGUAUGUGUUUGGGGAUUCACUGUUUGACGGUGGUAACAAUAAUUUUUUGCCAACUAUUUGUAAGGCAGACUAUCUGCCUUAUGGGGUGAAUUUGUCAAGGGAGCCACUGGAAUAUUUACCAAUGUUUCUCUCCCUCCCUCUCUCUCUCUCUCUUCUUUUUUUAGCUGAGUUUCUUGGCCUACCAUAUCCUCCCCCAUACAUGAGCAUACGUGGAUUGGCGACAGCGCUUAAAGGCCUAAAUUAUGCAUCUGGCUCUUGUGGCAUUCUACCAGAAACUGGAAGCCAAUGUGGUAAAUGCUUAAAUCUGAAAGACCAGAUAGAUUUGUUUCAACGAACGGUGAAGUCAGACUUGCCAGGACAAAUAAAAAAUAACACCGAUCUUUUGCAGCACUUGUCCAAAUCUAUAUUUCUGUUUUCUGUUGGCAGCAAUGAUUUCAUCGACAACUACCUUGAACCUGCAGUUUUCGAUACAAGCAAACGCUACCCUCCUCAACAAUUUGUACAAGUCUUGAUGGAUGCAAUUGCUCACCAUAUGGAGGGCUAA